AGUGCGCGUGAGAGGGACGGGCCUUGGUGUGACGCUGACACAAACCACGCCCACCGAAGCGUCUGUUUACGGAAGUACAGGAGGGAAUUGAAUCAUGUAGUUUAUACUCAUUCAAAUAGUUUCAUUUGAAAUAUUGUUAUGCCUCGACGGACGCAUGAAGACACAGAACCCCUGCUUUCGUCCACUCAUAUCGACGAAGACGAUGACCAGGCGUCCAGCAGAAAGAAACUUUCAUAUGAGGAGGCUGUUGAGAAAGCAGGGUUUGGGCUCUUCCACUGGCUGCUGUUGGCCGUCUGCGGCUGGGCGAACGCCAGCGAUGCUGUGGAGAUCCUGUGUGUGUCGUUCCUCCUGCCCACGGCACGCUGUGACCUCCUGCUGACCUCGGCCGACAUGGGGCUCCUCACUGCCAGCAUAUUCCUUGGGAUGAUGGUGGGUGGUUAUGUUUGGGGGUAUCUGGCUGAUCGCAGAGGAAGGCGGAGCGUUCUGGUCGUCUCUCUGGCAGUGAAUGGCACAUUUGGGGCGGUGGCCAGUUUGGCCCCGAGUUUCUGGCUCUUUUUGCUCCUGCGGUUCUUCAGUGGAGUCGGGGUCGGCGGCUCCAUUCCGGUCAUCUUCUCCUAUUUUUCUGAGUUUCAGCCACGUUUGAGGAGGGGGACUAUGAUCAGCGCUCUAGCCACCUUCUGGAUGGCUGGAAAUAUUUUGGCAGCAGGUGUGGCGUGGUUGGUGAUUCCCAGAACAUAUUUGAUUGCUCAUUGGGGUUGGUUGGAUUUUCAGAGUUGGCGUCUUUUUGUGGUCCUCUGCUCCGUCCCCAGUCUGUCAUCAGCACUUAUUUUCAGACUGUUCAUGCCCGAGAGCCCCAAGUUCCUCAUGGAGGCAGGACGUGAGACAGAGGCUUUGUCGGUGUUCCAGAAGAUGUUCAAACUGAACAACAGAUGCGCCACAAAACCAUUUCCUGGAGCAAGUCUUAUGAUAAGAUCCAAAGAUGAUGAAGUAAAAAACAGAGCCACUAGCGGCUCAAGAUGUCAGCGGCUCAGCCACCAACUCAAACAGGCUCUGGAUCCCAUGAAACAGCUGUUUGUUGGACCGCUGGCUUCCAGAAGUGUCGUUCUGCUGAUUCUAUUUUUCUGCAUUUCAUUUGGGUAUUAUGGGUUAUGGAUGUGGUUUCCGGAGCUUUUUAAGAGAGCUGAGGAUGGAGGGUCUCCAUGUGCCAACAUGUCUCGAGUCCAAAGCUCAGAAAAUGAAAGCUGCUAUCCAGUCCAAACUGCAGUGUACAUGGAGGGUUUCGUAACAGCGGCUUCAAACUUGCCGGGAAACAUCUUCACGAUCCUUCUCAUGGACAGAAUUGGCGGGAAAAUCCUGCUUUCCGUCAGUUUGCUGGUGUCCAGCCUGAGUGUGUUUGUCAUCUACAUGGUGAAGACUAAAACUCAGAGUCUGAUCGUGUCCUGCGUGUUCAGCGGAGUUUCUGUCGUUUCCUGGAACGCUCUGGACGUGGUGGGAACUGAACUUUAUCCCACACAACUACGGUAA